AUGCGGCGGUCACCCAGGCCCUCGCCCACCCCCUCCCCCGCUGCUGCUGCUGCUGCUGCUGCUGCUGCUGCUGCUGCUGCUACUUCGCCCUCUCUUCCCGCGUCUCCCGCCAGCGCCCUCUGCACCACCGACGAUUCUGCUGCGACAGAUUUUUCGGAGAAGUCUUUGAAGCAAAUAAAAGAAAUAAAAGAAACAAAAGAAAUAACAAAAGAAAUAACAAAAGAAAUAAAAGAAAUAAAAGAAAAGAAAGAAAAAAGAAAAAAGAAAAAAGACUGCAGCAAAAGACACCUCUCCGGGGGCUCGCUGGCGGUCUGCGGCGACGCCGCGGCGGCCAGCAGCAGCAGCAGCAGCAGCAGCAGGAGCAGCAGCAGGAGCAGCAGCAGGAGCAGCAGCAGGGGGGGCGGUCUGUACGAACUGACUGGGGAGCUGCUGCUGGCGUGUUAUGUGUUUGUUGGAUUUCAUUUGCUGCUGCUGCAGCUGCAGCCGGAGAUCUUCUCGCAGCUGCGGUACCCCCCGUUCUACGGGCACCCGCUGCUGCUGCUGCCGCAGCAAAAGGCCUACUUGGGUUGGUUUUUUUCUUUUAUAAAUGAAUCUAUUCAGCAGUUCGUGUUGCGGGGAGUGCUUUGCUGCUUCGUCUUCAUUUGUUUGCUGCACCUGGUCCGCGCCGUGCUGCACCCGCUUGCUGCUGCUUCCCGCCGCGGCGCGCUGCUGCAGCGCAGCAGCAGCAGCAGCAGCAGCAGCAGCAGCAGCAGCGGGAAGCGCAGCGGCGCGCCGCGCACGCUGCUGCUGCUGCGCACCCCCGGGGCCCCCGACUCCCGCCUCCGCAGCAAACGAGAAAGAGCUUGUGCUCAACUUGUUGCUGCUGCUUGUUUUUGUUUAACUUUAAUUCAAAGCAGCAGCUUUUUCUUCGGGGGCUGGACUCUGAAGGCUGUGGGGUUUCCAGACAUAUAUUUGGGGGCGUUGACGAAGCCGGGGGGCCUCUGGGGCUUCGACACUGCAGCGGACGUGCUGCUGCAGCAGCAGCAGCAGCUGCUGCAGCAGCAGCAGCACCUCGGGCCCUUCAACCACACGCAAAUCCUCCAGACCCUCCACGAAGUCGAAAACAAACACAACACUUUGCUGCUGCUGCUCGUCACGGGCCUGGGGCUCGCAAUCGACACCUGGGGGCAGUACCUCCAGGUGUGCAGCAGCAGCAGCAGCAGCAGCAGCAGCAGCAGCACCAACAGCAACAAAAGCAACAGCAGUAGCAGCAGUAGCAGCAGUAGCAGCAGCAGCAGCAGCAAAAGCAACGGCAGUAGCAGCAGUAGCAACGGCAGCAGCAGCAGCAGCAGUGUGUGGGUGUUGCGCUGCAGCUGA